AUGAGCAGUGCUAUCCUUAUGAGUCGGGUCACACUCGUGAACCAGGCGAUUGCCGCAUUUCGAAGCGAAGUUACAAGAAUUCAUGAGGAAAGUAAUGCAUUUUUCCAGAAUGGAAAUGGCCUAACUUGCCCUGCGGGUACGCACUUGGACAGUACUGCUUACAAAAUGACCCCACCAUAUCGUGUAGCGAGC